AUGAAGUUCUCUCAUAUUGCAGCUUUGGCAUUUGCCAUUUCGGCAGAGGCUCACUGCAUAUUCCAGGAAGUCUCGGUCGCGGGCCAAAAGCAAGGUUCGCUAGUCGGUCUGCGUGCCCCGAAUGACAACAACCCUGUCUACGACGUGAGCUCGCAAGACAUCAUCUGCCAAAAGCAAGGGAGGACCUCUAGCAAGAUCAUCAAUGUCAAACCUGGAGACGAAAUGGGCGCGUACUUCGGACACGUGAUCGGCGGCGCGCAGUUUGCCAACGACCCCGACCACCCGAUCGCGAAAUCGCAUAAGGGGCCCAUCACCGCAUGGCUAGCAAAGGUUGACAAUGCCGCGACCGCGAGCAAGACCGGACUGAAGUGGUUCAAGAUUUGGGAAGAUACGUUCGACCCUUCCUCUAAGAAAUGGGGCGUCGACAACAUGGUCGCAAACCAAGGCUGGACAAAGUUCAAAAUGCCGCAAUGCAUCGCCCCAGGUGAUUAUCUGAUGCGUGUUGAAAUCCUAGCCUUGCACUCGGCCCAUCAGAACAUGGGGGCGCAAUUCUACAUGUCCUGUGCCCAGUUGAAAAUCAGCGGCAGUGGCACUUUCUCUCCAAGCCAGACGGUCAGCUUCCCAGGUGUUUACAAGCAGAAUGACCCCAGCAUUUUAGUCAAUAUCUACGGUUUAGCGGGCCAGCCUGAUAACGGCGGCAAGACUUAUAACGCUCCAGGAAACGUACCCGUUAUUCAGUGCUAG